AUGUCCAAACGUCUAGAGGGAAAAACCAUUGUUAUAACUGGUGCCUCGUCAGGAAUUGGUAGAAGUACCGCUUUCGAAUUCGCGAGGACUUCUCCUAAAGAUUUGAGAUUAAUUUUAACGGCAAGGAGAAUUGAUGUUUUGGAAGAGGUAAAGAAGGAUAUUGAGAAGGAAUGUGGUGAGGGUGUGAAGGUUUUGCCUGUGAAAUUGGAUGUUAGCAAACCUGAGGAGGUGAAAGGGUUUGUUGGUGGAUUGCCAGAGGAAUGGAGGGAAAUUGAUAUUUUGGUUAAUAAUGCUGGUUUAGUCAAAGGCGUAGCCCAAGCUCCAUCUAUCGCCGAAGAAGAUGUCAACAUCAUGUUCGCAACAAACGUAACUGGUCUCAUCAAUAUGACUCAAGCUAUCCUUCCAAUUUUCAAAGCACGACCCGAUGGUGGAAAAGGCGAUAUUAUAAACAUUGGCAGUAUUGCAGGAAGAGAACCAUACAUAGGAGGAAGUAUCUAUUGUGCGACUAAAGCAGCCAUUAGAAGUUUUGGUGAUUCACUUAGAAAGGAAUUAAUUGCUACAAGAAUAAGAGUCAUUGAGAUUGAUCCAGGGCAAGUUGAGACGGAAUUCAGUGUCGUCAGAUUCUAUGGUGAUAAGAAGAAGGCAGAUGCUGUUUAUGCUGGAUGCGAACCAUUGACUCCGGAUGAUAUCGCAGAAAUUAUUGUUUUUGCAGCUGGAAGAAGAGAGAAUGUGGUUAUCGCCGAUACUUUAGUUUUCCCCAAUCAUCAGGCCGGUGCUGGUGGUGCUAUGCAUAGGAAGAUUUGA